ACAAGUGAAUAGUGUAAAAGUUCUAAUGGUGCAAUAAAAUAAAAACGGAGGAAGUAUUAUUUUGAAGCGAGGAGAUUGAAUAUAGCUAAGCAGCGGGGCGUAAGUGGCUAGAAACGUUAAUCGUGUAAGUUUGGACCGCGAGUGUUCCUCUGAAAUUGUAGGCAAUUUCUGUGACUUGCUCGGCAAACUGGGCAUUCCAACUUCUUCAUUCGCAUUCCAUAGCUUAGGUUGCUUUGUUGCCGAAUUUUCAAUUUGAGAGGCCUGCUAUAUGAACACAAAUGGAUAAACAUACUAGAUAUUGAGACAUCAGUAUGGUCCUGCUGCUGCUAGUUUAGACUAGCUUAGAUAUGGCACAUAAUUUAAAACUUAAUGAGAUGAUGCAGUUUCUUUGGAAGAGAAGUGUGGCUCCUGCUUUUGUUUCAAGAUGUAGGAGCUUUAGUAGCGGAGUUACUGGAAAUGGUAGCUCAUUGUUUUCUGUCAUGAGUUUUGGGGAUGGCAGUCAGGGAGCUCUGGGCUUGCCGUCUUCCUUGAUUGGUGUUGGGGCUGAUGCUUAUGAACCAACUGUGGUACCUGGGCUCCCAGCUGAUGUUGUGAGUGUGAGCGCUGGGCAUUAUCACUCUCUUGCUGUGACAGCUAAAGGAGAGUUGUGGGCUUGGGGUAGAAAUGAUGAAGGUCAGCUCGGUAGAGGUCUUCUUGAACCCAGAUGUUCAUGGAACGAACCAAAGCUGGUGAAAGAAUUAGACAAUGUGAAAGUUCAAUCCGCAUUUGCAUCUGGGGUAAUAUCUGCUGCCAUUGGUGAUGAUGGCUCUAUAUGGACAUGGGGAAGAUCCAAGCGUGGGCAGCUUGGGCAUGGGAAAGGAAUAACAGAGUCUCUUGUGCCAUCCAAAGUCAAAGCACUCACUGGAGAACAUAUAACCAAGGUAUCACUUGGUUGGGGACAUGUGCUUGCUCAAACAAUUGAUGGAAAGUUGUUUGGCUGGGGUUAUUCAGCAGAUGGAAGACUUGGAAGAUUGGGAGAGACUGUCAAAGCCUCGCCCUUAGAUUCAAGUGCAGAAUUACCUGGAAGGCAUGAGAUGACCUCCUCUGAAGCCCUAGAUGUUGCUGAGAAACUUGUCUUGGAAAGUAUGGAGAAGGAAAAGGACAUGCCAAUUGUGUGGGAACCACAUUUAAUAGAAGAACUACAUUCCAUUUCAGUGACUGAUAUAUCCUGUGGCCUUGAUCACUCCUUACUCAUCUGCCGUGAUAACACCAUACUAAGCGGGGGCAGUAACAUCUAUGGUCAGUUAGGCAGAGAAAAUCAAGGCCUAAGGUUUUUUCCAGUUGACAUCAGCUUCCGUCCACUGUCAGUCGCAUGUGGGCUAGGACAUUCCCUUGCAAUCUGUGAAAUUCCUGCAUCAGAGGAUGGCAAUGAUUUCAGGAAAGCUGUAUAUUCUUGGGGAUGGAAUGGGAGUUCUCAGCUUGGAAGGCCAGGCCAUGAGAGCAAACCAUUAGCAGUGGAAAGUUUAGCCGAGGAGAUUCCUACAGCUGUUUCUUGUGGCCGUGUGCAUUCGCUUGCUGUCACUGGCAACGGGCAGUUGUGGGUUUGGGGUUGUGGUAAAAAUGGGAGGCUUGGCUUAGGCAGCUCAUUUGAUGAAUCAGAGCCAGCCUUAGUUGAUAUUGAGCAGUACAAAGUUGUUCAAGCUGUAGCAGGUUUUGAUCACACUCUGCUCUUGGUUGCUGAAUCAUGAGCUAAUUUGCAGGUUUUGGCAUUUUGUUUUUGAUUUCAGGAACUAUUCAGAGGCUUGAAUCGAUUUGCUGCUUGGAGAAAUCAAUUGGUUAUCGAUAGCAAGAUCAACCUUCCCUUCUCCUGACAGUCUUCCUAAACUGAGCCACACUUUUUUUAACUGUUACUGUCCCCUUGUCCUGCUUAUACGAUAGAUGCAUCAUCAUCUGUGCUAAGCAUAAAUCUUGAAGGUUUUAGUCUUGAACACAUAUUUUCCAGAAGAAGAAUUUGCAUUUAAAUAGUGACUAGAAGGAUGAAAAUAGGCUAGAAAAUUCUUCUACAAAGGUUUCUGAUGCAAGGUUAAAGUUGAUGCUUGAUUUUUUUUUUUUUCCUUUCUCAUUUAAGGUAUUUCUUUUCAUUGUCAAUGAGAACAAACACUUCCAAAAAUUCCUUUUGAUUUCCUGACAUAAUGUUAACUAGAAUCAUUUGAGCAGGGUAUAAAACACAAUUUGAAGUGACGAUUUAUACAGGUAGGGAUGGCAAAGGGGAUGGGUAUGAUAUCAUAUCUCCCAUACCCACCUAAAAUUUCUAUACUCCGCCAUGAUAGGUACAUACCAAAUAUCCCCACCCGCCUAAAUGAGUAUAAACCUCAAUCCGCACCCCCUCUAUUCUCCAUUUGGAUAGUAUUGCCUAUCGAUUACAUAUUUACAUCCCUAUAGCCAGCUAUUAUUUGCCUAUUGGAAUCAUUAUUCCUUCAUUUCUUAUGUUGUAUAAGUAAGAUCAAUGGAAAUGCAGGGUGUAAACAAAUAAAUGUUAGUUUUAAUAAACACUAGUAUUCAUCAUUAUUUUGACAAAGGAGUAUUCAUAAUUAUUACUUCCCAUAGAUUCAAUUAAUAGAACACUUUUUAUUUUUGUCCAUUCUACUACUAUAUUGAUUGCAAUAUUCUAAUUUGACAUUGAAUCUCUAUAUGUGCCGUUUAUGUUUUUCCUAUUGACCUAUCAAAAAUUAGUUAUUGUUCUGUCUUUCUAUCUAUCUACACCCAACAACUAAAUGACCCUGCUCCACAUUAUAUCAAAUAUAUUAUUAUAAGAUUAACAACAACCAAUUUAACAAUUUUGUUUGUCAUCGUUUUUUGUCUUUUUUUUUUUUUUCAAAAUCAGGAAACAAGAAAAAGAUGUGUUCACUUUUCUAUUCAUUUUAAGUGGGCCCACGUGCUGGACAUUCUCGUCGGAAAAUGCAAAUGGGUAGUGCUACUCUAACUUUUUAAAUUUAGGGGUAGUUUUUUUGAUAAAAUUUUUUAGUGGGUAGUUGUUUCCAAAUACCCCUAUUAAGCGUGUAGUUCCCGACAAUUUUUCAUUUUUUUGUCCUUUAUUAUUUUAUGCCUAUAUAAGGAAAGAUUAGGUACUAUGUGCAAAUACUGUUAAAUCUUUUAUUGUGUGCCAUAAGAUUGUGUUGCAACUCUUGUAAGUAAAUAAACUAAAAAAAUUAUAAAAUUUACUCCCUCCAUUUUUGAAUAUUUGACACGCUUUGAUUUUU